UACAGGUAUGAGAAAAUGAGGAGAAGGAAGAUGUAUGAUUACCUGAAUGCUGUCAUUCAUCUUACAGGGCCACUACUGUCGUUGGCAGUGUGUGUUCUAUUAUCUGUGUGUGGACAGUACCUCAGCUGUACCGUCUGUGGUAAUCUGCCCACUGGACUCGAUGUGAAAACCCUUCUGGAAGCAGUGUUCCUUCUGUGCAGCACGCCAAGCGCUGGAGAGAGGAGGACCGGCCCCUCCUCACAGCCGCACGGUGGCCACAGCGACGACGGCCGGAGCCCAGCCACAGCUGUGCCUCCCACCUCUCCCCAGACGACUCCCCAGCCUGAUGACAUCACCAUCUCUCUCCUGCGGGAUCUUUCUGGAGAAGAGAAGGGCAAGAUGCUGAUUGCGGCAGCUAAGGAGGGGUCAGUGAGCAAGGUGCGAACGUUGCUGAUAGUGGGGGCGGACGUGGAUGCGAUGGACGAGAACCAGCAGAACUCACUGCACUGGGCAGCAGCCAAGGGACAUGUGGAGGUGGCGAGGCUUCUGCUGGAGGAUGGAGCUGAUGUCAACGCUAGGGACCGCUGGCAGAACACGCCUCUGCAUCAGGCUGCAUGGAAAGGCCACGCACCCAUGGUGCGGCUGCUGGCAGCAUCCUGUGCCAACCAUAACGCCAAGGAUAAAAAUGGAAACACACCACUGCAUGAUGCGGCACGGCGUGGCCACCCAGACGCGGCGACUGCGCUACUGGAGGCAGGGGCCGACAGAGAAGUCAGGAAUGCCAAUGGUGACACGCCGCUGGACCUAGCCAAGCGGAACAACUACCAACGGCUCAUAGACAUCCUAGGAUCUAAUAUAGUGCAAACAACUGUGAAGUAAAAUAAAAAAAUCCUUCUAUGUGAGCUUUGUUACUUA